AUGAAAAAUCGUGGUAAAAAUAAGAAGAAGCAAUGGAAGCGCAUUCUUAAGAAUAUAUCGUCCGAUUUGCACGACGCCGUCAGAGAGAAUAACUUAACCGCUGCCGGAUUUGAGGUUCAAAAACCCAAAGAGUGUUCAAUUCUUAAGGGAGACAAAGAUUUAGCGAAGGAUUGUCCUGAUAUCCCUACAGCUAGCAGCGCUCUUGAAAGAAAAUCCUAUAAGAAAGGAAAGCGGUCAAUUUUCGCACGGAUGGUGGAUGUUUGGGAUGAUGAUUUUGAAGUUCAAAAGAAAGCUUCAAAUACUGUUGAAAAGGCUAGAAAAGUUGCAGUCCAGAAGGUGCCAGAGCCCACAUUGAUAGUCCCCGCCGGUCAAUCUUAUAAUCCCACAUUAGCUGAUCAUCAAGCCCUCCUAAUGCACGUAGCUAAGGAGGAGGAGGAAAAGGCGGUUGCCGCAGCAGAUCCAGAUGCCGUUAAGGAGGCCCGAAAGAAGCACCCCAAAAAGAAGAAGCUAAAACCAACUCAGGCUCAACUCGAUGCCAUUAGGCAUGAGGAAAAGGUGAAGGAGAAGAAGUCGACCGCAGCCUACUUGGCAAAGCAAAUGCACAAUGAUUUGGAAAACAUUCCGAAGUUGGUAAAGGAGAUAAAGAAGGAGAAAAAGGAGUUGGAGGUGAAGAAGGCGAAAAAGCAAGUAAGAAAGGCGAUUAAAAAGUAUGAAAAAUUGAGCAAAUUUCCCCUGUCAUUCCAAUUGCCCGGAGAACUUGCUCCCAGCCUCCGCAAACUCCGAACUGACCCCAACUGGAUGCGUGAGGUCGAAUUCAAAAGAAAUAAAUUGCCGCGUGCUCGUAGGACUCUUGACAGAAAGGCCGACUCCAAAAUCUACGAACGCAGGAGCCGAAAAGAUGCACCGUAA